AUGUUUACUUGUAAACGUUGUCAAGUAUCUUUUACGUUAAAACGUAGUCUUGACAGACAUGUACAAAGUAAACAUGGUCAAACCAAAUUUGAUUGUUCGAUAUGUGGAAAAUAUUUUUCGAGGCGAGAUAACUUGGACACGCAUCGAAGAAAACUUCAUGUACCAGUUAUAAAACCUAGACGUCAAGUGUCACCACCACCAUCAACUAUUGAACAGCAACCGAAUUUAGAGAUGGGGCUUGCUACAUUAUCAUCAUCACCACCAUCUAGUAAACGUCGUCGAGAUUCAACACCUCCACCACUUCCAGGUACCAAGAACAGGGGUGGGGCAUGCGAAGUUUGCGGCGAGUUUUUACCGUCACUUAUGGCGCUUGAAACUCAUCUUCAAACACAGCAUGCCGAAUUAAUCGAUAAGAAUAUGGCCCCGUUUGUCAUAUACGCCGACUUUGAAUCGAUUUUAAAACCGAUCGAUCAUUGUGAACCACAUUCUUCCAAGUCUUUCACGGAAAAAAUUGAGAUGCAUCAACCGUAUAGUUUCGCGUACUAUAUCGUUUCCACCAUUGAUUCCAAUUUCAAUAAAUUUGAAACGUAUACGGGUUUGGAUGCACCUCAAGUUUUUAUCUCUAAAUUAAUUGAUGAUGUCAAAUUUAUUUAUAAUGAAUACUUCAAAAUCGUAAAACCAAUGCUACCUUUAACGAGCGAUGAGCAGCAGAAUUUCGAUUCGGCUGAAAAUUGUUUUAUUUGCCAAAAUCCUUUCACUUCAGAUCAGGUUAAGGUUCGCGAUCAUUGUCACAUAAGCGGUAGCGGUUACGAUUGUCAUUUAUUUAUUAAAGAAAUGGCUGAUGCGGAUGAAGAUGGGCUUGAUGUAUUACCUAAUAAUAAAGAAAAAUACAUCAGUUUCAGUAAACGGAUAUUAGUCGAUAAAGCGCAAGUGGAGGGAGACCGUGUUGAAAAUACUUUUUUUAAACUAAGAUUUGUAGAUUCAUUUAGGUUUAUGGCUUCAUCAUUAGAUUCUUUAGCUGGUAACCUUGACGAAUUUGAUUUAAUAAAUAUACGUAAAUUCUUUCCACACAAUGAUCAGUUUAGAUUACUGAGCAAGAAAGGAAUAUUCCCCUACGGUUAUAUGGAUUCACUCGAUAAAUUAAACGUAACUUCAUUGCCACCUAAAAAAGCUUUUUUCAACAAACUAUCAUUUGAAGAUAUAACCGAUGAGCAAUAUUCCCAUGCUCAAACUGUGUGGGAAAAAUUUAAUUGUCAAAAUUUAAAAGAUUAUUCGGAUUUGUAUCUAAAAACUGAUGUCCUGCUACUUGCUGAUGUAUUUGAAAAAUUCAGACAAGUUUGCUUCAAAACCUACGAUUUAGAUCCCGCUCAUUAUUAUACUGCCCCAGGACUUUCUUGGGAUGCAAUGUUGAAAUUUACCAAAAUUAAAUUAGAAUUAUUGACGGAUAUAGAUCAAGUCAAUUUGAUUAAGAAAGGUAUCCGUGGAGGUAUUUCCCAAUGCUCUCUACGGUAUGCUAAAGCCAAUAAUAAAUACAUUGACAAUUAUGAUCCCAAUUCACAAUCAAACUUUUUAAUGUAUUGGGACGCUAAUAAUUUGUAUGGGUGGGCGAUGUCUCAAUUUAUGCCCGUUUCCAAUUUUAAAUGGCUGAGUGAAAAUGAAAUACAAAAUUUAGAUUUUAAUAAUAUACCCGAUAAUUCCGAUUUUGGAUAUAUUUUAGACGUAGAUAUUGAAUACCCCGAAACUUUACAUGAUUUACACAACGAUCUCCCAAAUUUAAAACAAGCUGUUGCUCACGGUCUUAAAGUUCGCAAAAUUAAUAGAGUUUUAUCGUUCAGACAGUCUGCGUGGUUGAAAUCUUACAUCGAUAAAAAUACGGAAUUACGUCAAUCCGCAAAGAAUGCGUUUGAAAAAGACUUUUUUAAAUUGAUGAAUAAUUCCGUAUUCGGCAAGACAAUGGAAAACGUCGAUAAGCGAGUCGAUGUAAGAUUAGUGACCAGUUGGGAUGAUGAGCAUACUGGUAAAACCACAGGUAGACCUCGUUUAGGAGCUCGGAGUUUAAUCGCAAAAUUAAAUUUUAAAAGUAUUAAAGUAUUCACAGAAACGUUUUCGGCAAUUCAAAUGGAUCGUCUUCAUGUCGUUUACGAUAAACCUCUAUACGUUGGUUUUACUGUUUUAGAACUUUCAAAAUUAUUAAUGUAUGAUUUUUAUUAUGAUUUCUUAAAACCUAAAUAUGGCGAAGACGUUCGGUUGUGCUAUAUGGACACCGAUAGUUUCACUGUAUUAAUUAAUUCUUAUGAUAUAUAUAGAGAUGUGAAAUUAAAUUUAAAUAAAUUUGACACAUCUAACUACAGUCCCGAUAAUCGGUUUGACAUCCCCUUGCAAAAUAAAGCAGUUUUAGGUAAAAUGAAAGAUGAGAAUUGUGGAAACAUAAUGGUUGAAUUUGUUGGUUUGAGGUCAAAGGUAUAUGCUAAUAGGGUCGCUGAUGGGCGGAUUACCAAAAAAUCCAAAGGCGUUAAGAAGACCGUUGUUAAACAUCACAUCUCUUUUCAAAAUUAUUUAGAUUGUCUAAAUUCCAAAUCGGUUUUAUUUAAAAAACAAACAUUAUUUAGAAGUUUUAACCACAGUAUAUUUACUGUAUUACAAAAUAAAUUGGUUCUUUCACCAAAUGACUCCAAGCGAUAUAUUUGUGAUAAUGGAAUUAAUACAUUAGCUUGGGGUCAUUAUAAUAUAACGUGUUAA